AUGGACAAUCGAAUUAUUGAUAAUUAUGCAUUAGCAAAUGAUGAAAACAACUUUAAACAAUAUCCAGAGGUCAAUUAUCAAAUGAACCCUGAUGGAUCAAUGAACGCCGGAACUAACGGAUUCACUUAUCAGUCACCAGAGCGCAGUAUACCACCUUUCCAUAUGAACAACGGUGGUGGUAUGGUAGACGAUUCCUUCAUGUCUUCAUCGGCUCCAUAUUUGAAUGGUAAUUCAAAUCUUAGAAUAAGUUCAAACUCUAGCGAACGUGACGGUACAGGAUACACAAUGACCGAGGAUGACCUAAUUACCCAACAGAUGUCCAACAUACACUUAAGUUAUUCGGGGAUCCCUGAACCGCAGGACGCAUUUGGCGUUGUUGCUACCGCUACUGCGGUAGCCAAUGCUAAUACAUCAUUUUCCACUCAAUCAACUUUACAAAUUACAAAUCCAUUAAAUUUCACUUCUGCGCCAAGUAGGACAGUAUAUUUAGGAAAUAUACCACCAAAUGCUACUAUUAGAGAACUCUUGGAUCAUGUUCGUAGUGGCGUAGUUGAUGAAAUUAAAAUUUUACCUGAAAAAAUGUGUGCAUUUAUUUCAUUUGUCGAUGAAAAUGCUGCGUUAUUAUUCCAUUCUGAUGCUAUUUUGAAAAGAUUAAAUAUCGAUGGUAGGGAUAUUAAAAUUGGUUGGGGUAAGUCUGCAAGAAUGGAUCCUUUAGUAUUAGCCAAGAUUCAAGCCGAUGGUGCCACCAGAAAUGUUUACAUUGGCCAUUUAAAUGAUGAACCGAUGGUGAAAGAUGAAGAAACUUUAAGAAACGAUUUAGUUCAAUUUGGUGAAAUCGAUACUAUAAAAUUUGUUAAGGAAAAAGGUAUUGCAUUUAUUCAUUUUGGUUCUAUUGCAACAGCGAUUUCUGUUGUGACAAAUUUAUCAAAUAUUAAUCCAACUUAUUCUCAAAAGAGAGUCUUCUAUGGUAAAGAUAGAUGUGCCUUCAUUACAAAGACACAACAACAUAAUGCAGCACAAUUCCUUGGGAUACAAUCGGGUGUUGAUAAAUUAGCUCAAUUUAAUGAUAGAGAAUUUAUUUCAAAUGCAUUAUUACAACAAUCGGCUGCUGCCGCUGCAAUUGCUACCUCUGCAGGUGGCCCAAAUAAUUUAGGGAAUCGUACCAUCUACCUGGGCAAUUUACCUAAGGAUGUUAGAGUAGAAGAGAUUUGUAAUGUAGUUCGUGGUGGGAUAUUACAAAGUAUAAAACUUUUAUCCGAUAGAUUUGUUUGUUUUGUAACGUUUAUCGAUCCAACUGCUGCUGCUCAAUUCUAUGCGAUGAGUUCAUUACACGGUCUUACUAUCCAGAAGAAACGUUGCAAAGUUGGUUGGGGGAAACAUUCGGGUCCUUUACCAAAUGCUUUAGCAUUAGCCGUUGGCCAUGGUGCCUCCAGAAACGUUUACAUUGGUAAUAUUGAUAUGAAUAACGUUGAAUUCUUUAACGAACAUAAUUUAAGAAAUAUUUUCAAACAAUAUGGGGAAGUUGAACAAAUCAAUUUCUUGCCAGAUAAGAGAUGUUGUUUCAUCAAUUUCACAAAUAUUAACAAUGCUAUAUUAUGUUUAGAUAAAAUUAAAUCCGUCCCAGCAUUUGAAAACUUAAAGAUAAAUUUCGGGAAGGAUAGAUGUGGUAACGUUCCACACCAGGCACGCUGA